AUGGCAAGCUGCUUGGGGCCUGUGCUGCUGCUGCUGCUGCUACUACUGGGUGAGUCUGCUGCCGGAGUGAACCAUUGCGUGGACGCAGCUGAGGAGUGCACGGCGGACGCACUGUGCGAGCGGCUGCGCACAGAGUACGUGGUGCGCUGUCUGGGCCGGGCGCCCCGGAGCUGUCCCCGCGCCAGGUGCCACCGCGCCCUACGCCGCUUCUUCGCCCGCGGACCGCCCGCGCUCACCCACGCGCUGCUCUUCUGCCAGUGCGUGGGCCCCGCGUGCGCAGAGCGCCGGCGCCAGACCUUCGUUCCCGCUUGCGCCUUCUAUGGGCCGGGUGCCCUGCCGCCCUCCUGCCUGGAGUCCUUGGACGCCUGCGUCCAGAGCCGGGUGUGCGGGCCCCGCCUCCGGGCUUUUCAAGCUUCCUGCGCGCCAGUCCCCAGCGCCCCCGAAGGCUGCCUGCUGGACCAGGGCCCCCGCUGCCUUCGCGCCUACGCAGGCCUCGUGGGCACCACAGUCACCCCCAACUACGUGGAUAACGCGAGCGCGCGUGUGGCACCCUGGUGUGACUGCAGAGCCAGCGGAAACCGGCGGGAGGAGUGCGAAGCCUUCCGGGGGCUCUUUACGAGGAACAAGUGCCUGGAUGGUGCCAUACGAAACUUUGAUAGCAAGUGGCCUGGAAUCCUGCAAGUCCAGCUGGACCCUCCCCGGGACCCUGGACUCAACCUCCUGCAGGUGUCCUCUGGGGCUCAGCCCCUGGAUGGGGGCUCCCUCCUGUCCAUACUCCUGGUCCUGGCUCUCCAGUUCCUGCUGUGACAGAAUGGCCAUGUACUGUGAAGGGCCUGGCUCAUUCUCCCUGCUGCCUGUGCAGGUUGGACUGUCUGUGUGCUUGUCCCUUGGAGGGAGGCUGGGAGGCUCAGGGAUGGACUGUGAAGCCUCUGGUUUCAUAUUCUGUGGGGAUUUUGUUUGCAGGUCCCUUUCUUUACAGACUUGAGACAGUCGGGGUAGGACAGGAGAGGGUGGGCUUUGAAGCCAAGGCCUCCCAGUGCUGCCAAUCUGACUGUCUGGACUCCUAGGACUCUAAGAAACCAUCUCUGCCCCCAAGCAGCUAACUAAGGAAUAGACUAACAGGCAUAACUGCCCUAGCAGCAACUGCAGCCUUUCAGGGCACCCUCAGAGCUCGGCGUUACCCACUGUAGAUUCACCUUUGCCAGUACUUCCUGUCCACGAUGUGCUGCUAGGUGGACACCCACUGGAUGAGUGAGAAUCCAAUCCCUGUCCUAUCCUAUCUGGAAUUGGUUCUGGGCCCAUUUGCUCCACAGUUUAGCCCCAGCACUAGGCAUCACACAUGAAGCUCAAUAAACCCUCAUACAC